UUUGGCGGAUUCUUUUUGACUUUAUUAAAAAAACCUUUUUUUUCUUUUUUUUUUUUUUUUAAAUGCUUUUGUUUGUUUUAUUGGUUUUUGUAAAUAGCUAUCGACCUUCAAUUUAACAGUUAGAUGACAUUUCCAUGCAGCUCACUGCGCAUCCUUACAGCGCAGAACUGACUGUCACGUGAGUGUCACCCGGAAGUCGAAAUGUCAACAGUUAGGAUGCUGCUUCUUUGACAUUUAUGGUUUUUCGAAAUACAGAAAAAACGGGAAAUAAUGGCUUCUGCUUUAAAAGAAACACAGAGCAUUAAAGAGGCGGUGACCUUCAUCAACGCGGUUGAAGUGAAUAAGUUCUCCAAGCUCAUCUCGCGGAUCGUUCAAAAGCUUCAUCUGAAGGGAGAGAAAACAUUCAGUGAAGAAGAAGAAGAAAAACUCCAGGUUGCUCUUUCAUUGGAUAAACGGGGUCUGAAUUUAGUCCUGGAAACAACUGCUUUUGUAUUUGAGCAGGCAGCUUAUCACAACAUAAAGCCAGCGUCUCUGCAGCAGCAGCUGGAGGGGAUCCAUGUGUGCCCAGAAAAGGCUGAGGUUUUGGCACAGGCCUGGGCCACAGCUGGACCUGACCUGGUGGAGAAGCUAAAACGUAACAUUUUUGCUCCUAAGAAGCUGGAUUUUGUUGGCUGGCAGUUGAACCUACAGAUGGCCCAGUCCAGCCAGGCCAGACUGAAGUCUCCCAGCGCCGUCCUUCAACUCGGGCUCCGAAGCGAAGACUCUGAGACAGACCUCUGGAGUGACUGGAGCGUAAAGACCAGAGAUCAGGGAACGUGUCAUCUGAAACAUCAGGGGUCUCUUUGUUCUCUGGAGAGCCUUAACUAAAAUAAUGCAGUAUGUGUGUUUAUUCUGGAGAGGAAUUUAAAGUCCAUUAGAGAUGAUUAGCUUUGCUCUCCACAUUCUUAGUAUGCGGUUUUUGCAUACAUUAAAAAAUCCAUUUGUGAAAUACCCUGCUAAUCCGUCACUCCAAGGCAGAUGUGAUAUAAUAAGAAUAAAAAAAGAAACACUAGGAAAUCUGAAGAAAAUAUUGUUUCGACUGUAGAUUUGGGUAAUGCCACAUGCUUACUCUGACUGACAGGAGUUUAUAAUCCUCUCUUACUCAUUUCUGUCUUUUCCUGUGGGAGAAAUGCUGCUCUGUUAGCUCCUCAGAAUCGGUUUCCUUGUUAGUUUUCAACCUUUGAAGCGUGUGGCUUACAUUUAUUUAGGCUAAAUCUUUUAUUUCUCCCUAACAAGAUAUCAGCAGUUACUCUGAGAAGCUCUGCUGAUGGUUUAACAAACAAAUCUGAGGACUGUAAAGGCUUCAUGCUACUGUUGUCAAGGAUACAGGAAAUGUUAGUUACGGUCUUGAGGCGUUUUGAACGGCUUCUUUUAAAGCAGUUUCUGCCUCAAAUCUGUGAGGCUGAUUAUCCUGUGAGCCUGGAUAGUGUUGUUCCAGCUGACUAGCCAAGUGUCUUUCCUUGAGUGCUGCUUUGUAUUCAGCCCCUGGAGAAUGCCGGCUCAGCCUAAACGUGGAAUUAACCAUGACAUAUUCAAAUUCUGCCAUCUUAAAUGUUGGCCUAUAGGCAAAAGCUCAAAAAAAUGUCUUUCUUUAUCUUUCUGAAAGCUGCUGCAGUAAGACUGUUUUAAUGUUUGGGACUGUUUUCUGCUGUUUUCCUUGGGCUUAAAAAGGGGAUUAAUUUAUUUAAAUCCACUAACACAAUUCCCCUUGUGGGAGGAGAUAGCUUUGGGGCUGAAACAAGGCUGGGUAAACGAGGAGAAUCACUCAACUUCAAAGUGCAUUUCCACCUUUGACCUGCUGGGGGCACUGUUGCCUCACAGGUCUUACAGCAUCUCCUGUGAACCAAAUUAAAAAAGCAUAGAAUUCCUCUCACUUUGUAUUGAGGCCUUUAAUUUUCUUAGGUGUUUUCUGAUGAAUGUUUCCUGACAGCAUCUUAGUUUUUCUUUACUCUAAGGAGUUGUUUUUUGUGUGGAAUUUUAAGACACUGUUGUGACUGGGAAGUAAAUUAGCUUUAAAAUGAACACAAUUCAGCAGAAAGUGUCUAAUUUUUACUACCUAAAGAAAUAAACUACAGGGAAAGCUGCAAAUUGAGGAAAGUAGGGGAUUAUGAUGAAGAAAGACAUGCAAAUAAAAAAAAUAAAACUGGGAGUAAGUAAUGAAUGCAAAGAGGAUAAAGGUGACAAAAUUAGCAGUAAGGAAUGAAGCCAGUAGCACUCUAUGUUGUUGAUUUUUCUGGAACCCGAGUGGAGAUUGGGGCUCUCCCCUUCUAACAAGCCUUUUAUUUCAUUAAAGCUGUCACAGAGGAGGGGGAGGAUUGCCAGAGCGUCUCAUAUCUCUUUCUCUAAACAACAUGUGACAUGCAGAGCAUCAUGAGUAAAGUAGAUUUGAGAAGACACACUUGAAAUUAGGCAAGCUCUGGUUUUUAAAGACCCACUCCAAUGAAAAUUGUUACUUUUU